CUUUAAGCAAAAACGAACAAAAGACUUUCAUCUCUGAACCCUAAUAUUGUAGCCGGCAACCCGGGUGUGCCCACUGUCUGCGCCGUGAAAGGUGUGGUUGAAUCAAGGCAAGUAGGAAUGAAGAAGACUACAUUUCGUAAUAAGGAAGAUGGUUUGUCGAUUCGCUCCACAUUUACGUUUCCUGAAUGUUCUUCAUGGUGGCACAAAUGGAAUAGAGGCGGGAGCUUCUCUGACUAGAGACAAGCCACAGCUUUUCCUUCAGUCUCCAUGUCGUUCACUCCAUGUUGGUAGAGAACUGGCUUCUUUGCGCAUGUUGUUUUGCGGGUGGUGCCAACUCUUUCCAACCCGACUUCGCUUUCUCACUCAACUUUCUACGUCAUUUUUUCGGGACAACUAGUGGUCGACAGGGGCAUCUUUUGACUCGGUUCACUCCCUCUGGACUUUCCUCGCAACCCUGAGGCCCUCUAGCUGCCACCUCUGUUUUGCGGCGUUCAAUACUGGACGGAAUUUCCCGCACGAACCCUUUGUGGAGUCGUAUGCCAAUACUUCCCAUCGGGCAUGUCUGCAUUCUGCGCUCUAAGAGUGAAAACGUUUUCCCGAUACGAGAGCUGUGGUGUCUACUCGCUUCGUUUUCUUUGGGCACAUCUUGCAUGCAAGUGCCGCUUGUCCCCUUUCCUGGUACUCCUUUUGCCCAGUUUGCAGGUGUCCGAGUUUCUGUUUGUCUGUUUUUGUCGCCAGCCGAAGGCAUUGUCGGAGUGUGGCUUGAGGGAAGAAACGCAAAGGGUGCCUUUCCUCUCUGCCAAUUUGACGGCUUCUUUGGUUGUCAACAUGGCGUCACCAAAUAGCUUCGAUAUUUCGGACUUCAUUUUCGAUGCAGCGGAUCUCAAUUUUACCCCAAACGGUGGAGCGGUGUCGACUGUUCCGGGAGUGGACGUUGACGAGGAUUUUUCUUCGCCGUUACCUCCGAGCGGCCCCACCGCACGCCUAGAUUCUUAUCCCCCGUCCAGCGGGAGGAACACCUCUGAUGAAGCCUACCAGCAAGCAGACGCUUCAACUGCCAGUCCGCAGAGAUGUCCUCUUCCGAGUGGCGGCGUUUCAGGAGAUGGAGCGGUAGAAGACCUGCAGGAGAAACUCGAUCGUCUUCACCUGGCUCCCGAGGAAGACUGGUCGAAUUUACACUCUGGCCCGGGUCCCUCCGGAAGCGUCGAUGCCUCCGUCGCCACGUUAAGCUCGCUUGCCGAACGCCAAGAAACAGUGGGCCGUUCUGGUUCCGGGGAGGUGCCAGAAAGUCACAGAAAGUGCGCUCAGGAUGGCACCCCGAAUGGCGUGCACGCCGGUGACGCGGGAGAACCCAGAGAGGAACUGAAAGAGGACCAUGGCCGUGGCGGAAAGGCCACGAAGGAAAUUCCGGAACACGCCUGCAGCUACUGCGGUGCUAGCUCUCCAGACUGUGUCUUGAAAUGCUGCUGCUGCAACAAAUACUUCUGCAACAGCCCCUGCAGCGCCAGUGGAAGCAGCAUGGGUUCCCACAUCAUCUUCCACUUGGUCAAAAGCCGACACAGAGAAGUCAUGCUUCAUCCCGAGGGACCGCUCGGUGACUGCACGCUCGAAUGUUUCCAGUGCGGAAGUCGCAAUGUUUUCCUUCUCGGCCUUAUCCCUGCGGAACAAGAAGGUGUUGUCGUCCUCAUAUGCCGGGAGCCCUGUCUGUCGAGCGGUGCUCUGAAGCAGAGCGGAUGGGACCUCACGCAGUGGCAGCCGUUGAUUGAAGGCAAAUCGUUUCUUCCCUGGCUUGUCCGAUCAACGCUGACGGCAGAGGAACAACGCGAUUGCCAUGUUGUCACCACGCAGCAACUUCAGCGACUGGAGGAACUUUGGCAAAAGAAUCCUCAAGCGACUCUCGAGGAGCUCAGCCAAACCAAGGAAGAGGCGCCUCUUCCGUGCGUGAAACUGGUGUACGAGGACGGCUUCGACUACCAGCGAACAUUCGCGCCUCUCGUGCAAGCUGAAGCGGAUUUCGACAAGCAAAUAAAGGACGGCCAGAAGCUCGUGAGAGUCAAACUGCGGUGGGAACAAGGCCUGAACCGGCGGCGCCUUGCGUACUUCAUGUACUCCCGAGACGAAGGGUGCAACGUUCGCGUGGCAGCUGGGGACGAAGUGAAAAUAUCGACGGUGCUGCCCAAGUCUGUUUUGUCCGGUGCCUCUUCCUCGGCCCCUGCAAGCAGCGGGGGGUCUCACGGGUCGGGGUGUACGUACAGCAACGAGGCGACGAGCUCGAACGGCGUGGGGAGCGGCGGAACCGCGGGACUUGAAGGAGAUGGGAAUUUUGUGCAGUGGAGUUGCACUGGCAGCAUAACGCGCUUCUCUGAAGACAGCGAAGAAGUCAUUGUGGAAGUCAAGAAGCCGCCAAAUGCUAAGGGAGCCUGGGACAGCCCGGUGCCGCUUCUCUACACCAUCGAAUUCGUCUGGAAAAGCACUUCGUUUGAGCGCAUGCAGGCGGCUCUGCGCCAGCUCGCAGUGGAUGAAAUCAGCGUGAGCAGUUACCUGUACCACACGCUGAUGGGGAAGCAGAUGGAGCACCAGAUCAUCCAGACUCCGAUGCCGUUGCAGAUCUCAGCUCCCAACCUCGCUCCGUUGAAUCCGAGUCAAAUGCUGGCCAUUCGCUACGCCCUGCAGCACCCGCUCUCGCUCAUUCAAGGACCGCCGGGGACGGGGAAAACGUUGACUUGCAGCACACUCGUCUACCAGAUGGUGAAGCUGAGUGAGGUUGGUUCUCACAUCCACCCCCGCUGUGCAGGCCGCGUCAACAAGGAGGGCGGCCAGGUGCUCGUUGUCGCUCCCAGUAACGUAGCCGUGGACCAGCUGGCCGAAAGAAUCAAUCGCACAGGUCUCAAAGUCAUUCGCAUGUACUCAAAGUCGCGCGAAGGCGCUUCCUCUUCCCUCACUUCUUUCUGCGUGGAAAACCUGGCGCUCCACAAAAAGGUUCUCGAGCUCAAGACCGGGAGCAGCGACGAGAUGGCCAAAUACAUCCAACUCAAAGAGCAGACCGGCGAGCUCGCAGCUGCGGAUGAGCGGCGGCUGCGGCUGUUGAUUUCUCGGGCAGAAAUGGAGAUUCUCCAAACUGCCGAUGUCAUUUGUACAACUUGCGUAGGCGCGGGGGACAAUCGCCUGCAGGGUUUUCGCUUCCGCCAGGUCGUCAUCGACGAGGCCGCGCAAGCGACGGAGCCUGAGUGUCUGAUCCCGAUCGUCCUGGGGGCCAAACAAGUGGUGUUGAUAGGGGACCACUGCCAGCUGGGGCCCGUUGUGUUGAGCAAGAAGGCCGCGGCUGCGGGCUUGGCGACGUCUCUCUUUUCGCGGCUCCUGGCCCUCGGCCACCGGCCUCUUCGACUCAAGGUUCAGUAUCGCAUGCAUCCCGCUCUGUCGUUCUUCCCAUCCUAUUUCUUCUACGAGGGUGAGCUUCAGAACGGCGUCACCAUGACGGAACGCACCUACUUUCACCAGGGGCCUGGCGACCACCGGUUCCCCUGGCCAAACGAGGAGCGACCGAUGUUUUUCUACCACUCGACUGCGUCGGAAGAAAUUAGCGGAUCGGGGACAUCGUACGUGAACCGGGUCGAGGCGAGCAACAUCGAAAAGAUCGUCACGUUCCUCCUCAAAUGCGGUUUGAAAGCCUCUCAGAUCGGCGUCAUCACGCCGUACGACGGACAGCGGGCUCACAUUUCGUCACUCUUUCAGCGCCAGACAACCCUUGGGCAAGCGGCGUUCGCCGACCUCGAAGUCGCAUCCGUCGACGCAUUCCAGGGUCGAGAAAAAGACUUCAUUCUCCUGUCGUGCGUCCGGUCCAACAGCAACACGGGGAUUGGCUUUUUGGCGGACUCGCGGCGGUUGAAUGUGGCUAUGACACGAGCAAAGUACGGACUCAUCAUUUGUGGCAAUGCCACUGUCCUCGCAAACUACAUGCCCCGGGUUGCCCGGCCGCCAGGGGCUCCGGCAGCUCCGCCCCCAGGGAGUGGCACCACGGGACUGCCCGGGAACGCUCUCGGCCCCUGUGGAGUGCAGGUAGGUCCGGGGGCUUCCACGCUUUCGGGCACGCCGUGUGUACCGGAGCCUCCCAUCUGGCGUUUGUUGAUUCACCACUACCUCAAGUACGACUUGGUUGUUGAUGGGCCUUUGAGCAAUCUGAAGCCGUCGAAAAUCCGCAUUACCCUUCCGCCCCUGACCCCUUUCGGGGCGCUCACGGCGGCGGGCGCCUCGAAGGGCGGAAGAGGAGGUGCCGGCGCUACAAAGGGGAAACUCGGCAAGAUCAAGGCAGCUUCGAGACACAUUGCGCCGGAGGAGCUCCAAGACUACGACCGGCACGCGACAACUUCUGGAUAUCUGCAAACUGUUCCCUCUUCUGGCGGCCUCAGCGCUGGACAGCCCAACGCAGGGCCGCCUCCUGCUUCGACCUACAUUCCAAAUGGCGCCGGCGGCUACUAUUCUGCGCCACCUCUGUACCCAUGUGCGGCUUUCGCUGCGCUUUUGGGUGCAGAUCGGGGCUUCCAGUCUCAGUCCCCCAUGCCGUCGUCGUCUUUGAUGGCUGCUCACGCCGCCUCAGGCACGGCGUUCUACUACCCUUCGGGCCAAGGCGGCGCGCUGGCUGCAGCCGCGGUUUCGGGCGCAGAUCAUCAGACACUGCGGGCUCCAGCGGCUUACUUCUCCGGACGUGAUGCGGAGGCGGGGGGUUUCUCUGGAGGCAGUCAAGGCGCAAGCGCCGCUUGCGCUAGUUCGAGUUUCAGAGAUUCAGGAGCCGGGCUCGGCCAGUCAGGGGCGGGAGCUUCCAAAAGCAACACCCGGCCAGGUGAAGGGCCGCAUGGUGCGGUCGACGUGAUUUCACGUGCCAUCGCCGGCGGAGGAGCCUUUGCUUCGCGACCAUUUCCCACGGAGACAGCUGACGCAGGAACGGCGACUCCCGGUGCCGGGAAGCGCGGCGGUCCAAAGUCCUCAGACAGAGACGCCCGAAAUGAGACGAGAGGGUUGGGAGAGAGUUUAGGUCCAGCGAACGCAUCUGGAGCUUCGGACCCAGACUUUGUAGGCCGCGACUCCGGCUGCGCAUCGAGACCUAACCGAGCCGCGACAGUCGUGUCGGAACAGCUUGAUGACGAUUCUUUCACAUUUAUAGGGAGUCAAGUUGGAUUUUAAUUUGGGGUGUCUGUAAUAAUCUUUCACCACGAUUCGUUACCCCUGCUGAGACCACGCAUACAUGACUUCUGUUCAGCCGAGGCGUCACACCCUUCGAGACAGCAAAGGGUGCCUGACAUGGACCAGGGAAAUCCUGACGUGAUACAGAAAUAUCAUUAGUGUGCUAUUUUAAACAGUGGCACUUUUUUACCCCAAUUUCGAUGUUUAGGGGACCGUCGGUUAAGUCACCCGGAAGUAUGAAUCCGACAAGUCUGCCUGCGCAAUUAACAGGCCUCGCUUGUGGCACACUGCCGCAUCGAAGGUAUUACGUUGGCAGCAUUCGAAGCCACUUGGAGUCCGUGAAGAAAGGCAGAACUGAUCAAGUGCCAGCUCGAAACACCUGACAAUGCGAGCAGCAAUGCAUGCAAAGAUUUCUUUUUCGCAAUUGAUGAUUUGAUCGUGUUAUUCAUAGAAUUCAAAAUGAACGAGCAAGGCUUCCAGAUGGGCAGCCGGACCAGGCACCUCCCGAGGAGACCCGGGGACGUCGGAACGCCAAAAUGAGUGUGUGUGCUCGAGAGUGCCACCGACAAAUACCAACCUUGCCGUUGGACUUCAUUGGCAACGCCUUGCCGUAUUCCGAUAUCUUGAUUGCCAGACAGCACCCCACAACGUGCAGACAAAGAAGGGCAGCACUUCACACAUUCAUCCUCUUGACAGGGAGGCUGCGAAAUGAGAUACGAGCAGGUAUCUCGAGGAUAUCCGGUGUCAGGCGACGUGCACGUAUCAACCGGAUAGGCGUGCCGGAGGGUCGAAAGAUGAUCCGGAAUGUGACCGUCCAGUUGCGUCUUUUGAGCGGCUACGCAUGGAGUUUUUCCUCGUGUGCAACAUUAUGGCAGGAUCAGUUGUAUAGGCCGAAGCAGUGCCAACGUCGGACAAGAACAGCGCAUGGGUGAGUCGGAGGGUAUGCCGGCUUCCUGGGUUUUGCAUUUUCGUUGAUGGCGUGUUAUCUCUACAAACACAUGCGGUUGGGGGUAGACUGUAAAUUGCCUCCGCGUGGGCCCUUCACAUCGCGGCGCUUCUCAGCGUGUCUGACUCUUUUUGCUCCUCAUCUUUUUCCAGGGGGCUGGAAGGAUUUAGACUUUCACGGGGAACCUAAAAUUAGCAUGUUUUGUUGGCGUUGAGCUGCGGGGUGUAACGAAGUUCGCAGGGACACGAAUGAAAUGCCUCGUGCAAUUCCUGGAGCGGAGCGAUCAGGGGUAGAAGACGCUAGUUUGUGUCGAGACACGCACCCAUGUACCGUUUAACAGAUACGGAACUGCAGCAGCUAAAUGGUGUGCUUCGUAAUCAACUUUUACAUUGAUUUUCUAGAUGACUGGUUGUCGAAAGUCGCUAGUGAGUAGCACAGUUGGACGUCCGAGAAUUCCAUAAUGGUUGGUCCGGUCAGCUAGAUCAGGCCUCAUCAAUCAAUGGUGACAACGCGAGUGAGCAUAAACAUGUUUUAAGAAGUACACAGACGUUGAAGCUGUGUUAUGCGUCACUUUUUUGAAGUCUGAGGAUGACAAGCCCCCGUUUGUUAAGCAAAUUUCUUUUCCAGUUGUUUUCUUGAAGACAAGAGGGAUGCUCGAUCGGGGGUUCUCGCUGUGGGAGUUCACGAUGUUCUGUUCUUCGAGAUCGGAUACGUGAUAGGCGACUUCCACGAGACGGUGAAUGUGGUAAAUCGACCAGUGACAUGAGCGUCAGCGACGAAAACUUACAGAAGGCCUCCAAACUGCUUACUCAGAAGUGGUGAC